AAAAAAAUCCACGGAACACAUUUAUUGCGGACCGUGUACCCGAAAACUGGUUCCGGGUAAAAAGAAUUUGGUGGCUAACAUUAGCUGACAUUUAAUCUCCGUCGCUCAGUUAUCCACACGGCGGAUUAACAGAAAUCCCGGAACAGGAUGGAUGGUGAGGAGCGAACCUACGGUGGCUGUGAAGGGCCCGAUGCCAUGUAUGUGAAGCUCAUCUCCUCAGACGGCCAUGAAUUCAUUGUGAAAAGAGAACAUGCCUUGACAUCUGGAACCAUUAAAGCCAUGCUAAGUGGGCCAGGACAGUUCGCGGAGAACGAAACCAAUGAGGUGAACUUCAGGGAGAUCCCAUCUCACGUCCUGUCCAAGGUCUGCAUGUAUUUCACCUACAAGGUCCGUUAUACCAACAGCUCCACAGAAAUACCAGAGUUCCCCAUCGCUCCUGAGAUUGCUCUGGAACUGCUCAUGGCUGCAAACUUUUUGGAUUGUUAAAGUUACAAAAAAAGAUGUAAAAACAUGAAACAUUUUUGAGUUUUUUUUUUUUUUGAGUAUUUAAUUGUUCUACCAUUUAUUUCACAUGAUAAUUUUUUUUUGGCUCGUCUUCUGUCAUGGUUUCCCUUGUAUAACUAAAAAUGUUGUUUUAAAAUGGAAGCCAGGAAAGGGGGUAAUUGCACCUUCCUCCACAGAAAUGUCCUCACCUCUCCAUAUUAAUAAAGACCUAUUUGGUGAGCACUUUU